AUGACCCCUGAGAUCCAAGGCCUCCUGGUCGUGGUGCCUUUAAAGUUCCGUGAUAACGUCAAGAAGGGACUAGGAAAAAAGAAGUUAACUCUUCGGAUCCAACAUCCUUCAGAUACAAAGUGCAUGGAAAUUUGUAUCGUCUCCUCUCAUGAGGAGAAAGAAUGCGAAGAGGAGAAGAAGGAGAGUGAAGGCACAUCGUCCCCAUCGAGGAAAAGGGUGACAUCCAAAGAGAUUGUGGGGGAUAACACCCGCUAUAGCCGGACACCUCUCGUCAAGGCCUUUGACGUCGCACCUUGCACGGCUCCCACCAAGGCUAACAUCGUCCUCUCUACUUCAGAUGACGAUCACUACGAGCACCCGAGGACAAAACCUCCGCCGAGGAGCACCAUCGGCGAGGGCGUGCUGGACCUGGACGGCGGCAAGGAUAGGUCGUGGGUGCCCGACCUGUACGGAGGCAUUGGCGGGUUGGCGUCGGUGUUGGACCAGGCGGUGUUCGUCCGGGAGGAGGAGAUGGAGGACGUGGAGAGGCCCGCCAUGGACCUUACCGAUGCCAACGGUUUGAUAAAUCAUUUCUCUUAUAUACAGUCCUGGCCAGACAUAAGCAAGUUUCAAACAAAUCCAUUUCCUUUGUAUGACAAGCUAGGUGAUCUUUAUGAUGGACAUAUAGCAGAAGGUAAUUUCAAUUUUACAUCAAUUGAGGCUACACAAGUGAUUGACGAUGAUCCUGAAGUUGAAAGAGAUGAGACUGGGUUCUCUUUUGAUCUGAAUCAGUGCGAAGAUGAUUUACUCAUGUAUGAUGAUGCAAGAGAUGCGGCUCAAAGUGAUGGUCCAAGUGGAGCUACUCAAAGUGGUGAUCCAAUAGAUGGUACUCAAAGUGAUGUUACUCGAGCACGUGCUCCUGGUGGUUCCAAUAAAAAGCCAGUGAAGGAGCCCAAGAAGAAGAAGCAGGAUGAUACCAUGGUGGAAGUGAUGGCGAAUUAUGUGGAGAUCAAACGGAAGCAAGCAGAGGAGGAGUCUGCUUUGUUCGCAGGGUCAAAAAAUGCCCAACAGUUCACCAUCACCAAGUGCAUUAUUUUCCUCAAUGCUGCCGCUGAAGAUGAAGUGAGCGCCGUCGUGUUCCUUCGGAGCGAAAUGGCAGACUUACCUCGGGGUAUCUAA